AUGGCGAAGGUUGUCAAAUUAUUCGCUUCGUUAUCAACAGCUUUCGCCGCGCUUGCGUCCAUCAACGCACUUUACCUGAUAGCUGGGUUCUGUGAGGAAAUGUCUGUGAUGAUGAAUGUUAUCAGUUUUAUGUGGAUGAACUGCUCAAUGGUGGUGAUCUUGGUUGCGCACAAGCAACCGGCUCAAACCCUAUUCGAGAUCAACAACACUGCUCAAUUAUUGCUUGCUGAUGAAUUUUGUCAAAACUCGAAGGAUG